CAACGUAACAUCCAAUCCGUCAUUUCGAUUCUCCCCUGACUUAAUAGCGGCUUUAUUAAGGAGAGAUUUUUUAUUCAGUUUUUCGAGCGGAUUAUUUAACUUUUAUAAGAAUAGUAAAGUUUAAUACAGUAUGAAGAUUUCAACAUCCACCAUCACUUCCUGUUUCAUCGUCUGUCACAUUUUUACCAGCUUGGUAUCUUCAUAUGAUGAAAGGUUAGAAGAUUUAUUUGAAACGGAGGGUCUUUUACCUCUACACAAACCCCAAUCAGAACAGACUCGCGUUAAAUUGCCAACGAAAGAACCCAGCAUCAAAUCAACACCGUCGCCUUACAGACCGCCGAACCACCCAUCAUCACGUCAACGAGCGGAUAUGGCCGAUUUUCUCGAAUCUGAAGCAUUUGAAAAACCACUCUCUCGAUAUCGUCGUGCCAAUCCCGAUGAUAAUGUUGAAGGAUCAGGAGGUGACCCCGCGUCUACAACUUCUGCACCGACUCUCCAAUGUCACGAGGUGGUGUGUUCUGGACAAGAUUGUGUUUCAUCAUUUGAUAAAACAGAUACAUCUAAACAGUGCUUAUCACAAGGUUCAUGCUAUAUUAGAGCCAGAUAUAACGAAACGCUGAAAAUUUUACAGACAGUAGAAGCACGUUGUGAUGAAAGAUCAUUCUGUGAAUGGCAAACCAUUACUUUGGAUGAAUUUACAGAAGUGUCCAAUUGCUGCACCGACAAUCUAUGUAACGACCCAACACUAUUGGCCAGUAGUAGCUCAAAAUUCCAUCAGAAUACAGUUUUUCAAUUAUUAUUGUGCUUAAUGACUAUCUUGUUAAAUUCUUGUCGGUGA